AUGGCAUUCCGCCCAAAGGAGGGUGAGACAUUGGAAGUGACAUCAGCUUACUCGGAACACACGACAGAUGAGGGCUACUUGGUCCUGAAGCCAGGGCAAGCAGUGCAAGUGAACUAUGUGGGAACGGAGGGCGAUGAGGUGGAUUUUGGGUACGGGAUCGAGCAAGGGAGUGGCUUGGAGGGCUGGUUCCGUCUAACGGCCCUCAUGCCAAAGCCCAGCCCCAGCCAGGCCUCUCGCGAAGACCCGCCCCGCAAAGAGCCGCCGCCACGCAAAGAGGCGUGGUACUUGCAGACCGCAGCUCCUCCACCUCCGCCGGCACCGCCUCCACCUGGCUCCUUGUGGCCACAAGACGUAAGAGCUACGCCGAUGGCACCGCCGCCGCCACGCAAAGCCGAGUUGCUUUUUCCUGGCAACCCGGAGAUCAAGGCGCCAUCGGCAGACGAGGUGCGUGCAGUGGAGCAGGGUCUUCAACGAGGUUCACACCUGUCCAUGCACGGGAAGUGCCAGGACAUGCAGCAGCUUGUCGAAAAAAAUCGGGUCGUGGUCGUUGAUGCAGCGACCGGGUCCGGAAAGUCCACGAUGAUACCGCUUUGCUUGGUGCAACAAUGUCAGAGCCGGGGCUUGGGCUGCCGCAUCGUUGUCACUCAGCCACGCAAACUUGCGGCCAAGGGCCUGGCACGGCAUGUCUCACAACUCGCCGGGACAAAGGUCGGCGAUCUGGUCGGAUACCGGGUCGGCGGAGACAGACGUGACUGGGGCGCCCGUGUUCUCUAUGUUACAGUGGGCCACUUGUUGGAAGCGGUCGUGCACAAUCCGAAGUAUUUGGAUAGCUUUACCCACAUCGUGCUCGACGAAGUCCACGAACGAUUCGUAGAGGCCGAUUUCCUCAUGGCGUUCUUGCGGAUGGCCCUGUCCCGCCCGGAAACCCAAAGACAGCGGCUUGUGGUCAUGUCGGCCAAGUUUCAGAAAAGGCAGGUUGCGGAUUUCUUUAGGCCGGUGCGAUUGCCAAACCCGGAACAAGCCAUGUCUGCCGACUCGGCUACCAUUCGCCUUGAGGGAGGGAGCCCCUUCCCUAUCGAAGAUUAUGUCUUGAACGAUAUCUACAAUAGGUAUCGUGGUGUUAUCGGGCACGGCUACAAGGAGCCGGAUUUCUCGGUGGUGAUGCCUUCCAGAAGACGUGAUAUGCCUGAGCGGCGGUGGUCGGACAAACUGACGCAAGUUUGCAAGAGUCUCACCAAACUGGCUGCCCGACUGAUCUGCUACCUUUACCGCGAGCACGAGGACCAGCUCAACAACCCCCAAGCUGUCCCUGUACAGGGCCAAUACGCCAGCAGCUGCGUGGUUCUAGUAUUCCUACCAGGCAUGGACCAGAUGUCCGAGCUGGCGCGGCAUCUUGAGAACGAAUACUGGAAUUUGAGGGAUUCUCUGCGAUUGCCCGACAAGGCUCCCAGUAUUCUCCUGAUGCACUCGGCCUUGGAAGAGUCUCGAUACCGGAAGGCCUUGGACCCUCCCGAGGAGAACGAAUGGAAGGUCGUCUUGGCCACGAACAUUGCAGAGUCGUCGUUGACAGUUCCUGGGGUGAAGACUGUGAUUGACUUUGCGAUGCACCGCCAGAACAUUUACGAUGAUGAGGUGCGGAUGUCCUACUUGGUGACAACGUGGUGCUCUCAGGCAUCUCUGGUCCAACGCAAAGGUCGCACCGGGCGAACGAACCCCGGGAAAUAUAUCUGCUUCGUCACAUCAAACCUUUACCAAGAGCUGCAGGAUUUCGACAAGAGUGGCGUCCAAAGGUCCUCACUCACAAAAGUCGCACUGCAGGCCGCACACUUGGCAGACCAGCUCUCCGUCGAGAAAGUUCGGGCAGGGCUGCCGGUAUGCAGGAAGGGUGCUGAGAGAACGUCGAGGCAAGAUAUCGUCACCUACUUCGAUGGAGGCCAGGGCCUUUGGAGGGUCUCUGGCACAGAUGGAUUCUAUGCCACACGUGAAGAAGAUCUGGAGCUGUUGCCUCUGAAAAUCUCCAACGUCCUUUGGCUCUUGCCUGAUCCACCUGGUGACACCCGCAUUGAGUACGCGAAACAAGAGCUGCAGGACAUGGGGCUUCUGACCUUGGCCGGCGAUCGUCCGACCACUUUGGGUGUGGCUUGCUUGAAGCUUCCCAUAGACGUGCCCUUGGCACGCUUGGCGGUCUUGGCCUGGGUCUGUGAUUUGGGUGUGCACGGUGCCAUCCUGGCCUCGGCCUUGUCGUUGUCUCAGUGUGACUUGAUGUCGAGCCCCUACAAUCACCUCACGGAGCUGUACGAAAAGGAUUUGCAGAUAUUAAAGCAAGGGGUGGAUGCACGCCGGGAGCUGGACGAAGGUCGCCUCUCCGAGCCCUUGAUUCUGCAUUCGCUGUGUCGCGAUUGGCUGCUGGAAGACGACUGUGAACUGGGCAGAGCGCCAUCAAAGGCCUUUCAGCAGCGCAAAAACAUAAGCAUCCAUGAUCGUCUCUGGUCCCAGUUCAGCACCAAGCUUGUAGAGCUGCUCCAGUCCAUGUCGAGAUUCCUUCCAAGAAGCGACUCUCAACGCGAUAGAAUUCAGACCAUCCACGAUGAGGCUUCUGGGAGCUCUGGCGGUCACGGCAAAGACGCUGUUGGGAGGGCUUUGCAGAUGGACUCUGCUCUUCUGGAUGACCGGCUGCUGGCACUGCUCACAUUCGCAAUGGCACCAACUGGGUUUCUGGCAGUUGGGCAAAGCCCGGGCAUUUAUGAUUUGGGGGAUUCUUACAAGCAUUUCAGGAAGACCGUCAAGGAGAAAAAUGCAAACGAGGCUGCAGCUUUAUGGUGGCCGGCAGUGCCGGACAAGGGUGGUGCCACUCGAGGAAUGGCGAGCCGCAACGUUGACGCCAUCGCCGGAGCCGCGAAAUGUAUGAAGCCCCUAUGGACCGAAGAGUAUGCGCCGGGCAGCAAAGUAGAGGCAACAACCGUCUGCUUCUGGUCCGACCCAACCUCAUCGCGGAGCGCAGAGAUGCCGGCGGAUGCCCAGCUGCUCUAUCGAAUUUGUGGUCCCUACCGUGGGAAGCAGACCACCAUCAAAACGAGUACCUCCGAGGUCGUCGUUGUGCCGCCGGAGCACCCCGGCAGCUACAACUGGUACAUGCCAUUACGGAAUGGCGAUGGUUUGCGAGAAGUUGGGGUGAACUGGAAAGCGCCUGCCUUCUCGCUCAUUCAUCCAGAGCAGCCGGGCACGAGAAAGAAGUUAGGAAAGUGUCGGCCAAAGCGUUUUUUGGUGGCUUCUGGGGCUGAGUACCACACCGAGAAAGGCAAGAGGGAGUUUCUGAUGCGCGGGACCUCUGUGCUGCCUGAUACGAAAGGAGGACGGAAGGCCUUGAUGUGGCUUCUGGCCAGCGGCAUGCCGCUGGAAGCUGAGAUGGUGGCCCUGGCAGCGCCGACAGUUCAGCAGAACGAAUUUGAGGUCCGCGGGCUGUGGAUGUGGAAGAGGGCAUUUCGUUUCCCCGACGACGCGCUCAUGUCCGCGAGCGAUUUGCGCAACGUGAACGAGUUUCGCAAGGCCCUUUUCGAGCUGCAGCGAAGUAAGCCACACCGCCUAGCGGGAGAGUGGACCGAGAGGAAGCAACAAAAGGAUGGCAAUGCGCGAAAAUACUUCAUCGAAUGCCUGGACCCCAACUCCGAGCCCAGUUCAUUGGACACCUCCAGGGAGAUCUCGGACAACGAGGAAGUGUUGUACAUCCGUAGCGAGAAGGGCAAAGGUGUCACCCUUCGUGGUGCUGCAGGUGGUUCUCGCUGGAUGGCGACGGACAGUGUUUAUGUGGACGAGUCACAGGACGGACGAUUGAAAUGGCAGAGCGGAGUCGUUUGGGAGCGAGGAACCACCGAUGACGUGGAAACACCGCUGCUGGAGGUGUGCUCCAAGCAGCGCGUGAGUGCCGUAUCCGAAGCUGCCUGGAAUCUGGUGAAGGCUUCGAACAAGAGAGGUCGCCCACGGUCUCCGUUUCCACAGAGGCUGGUGCCACUGAUGUCAACUUGUGCUGCUGGGCACCGCCAUCCUUUGAUGCCCCUUGACCUGGACAUGGUUGAUUCGCUAAUUGUGAAAUUCAAGAAGAUCGCCGAUGAAGAGGGAAGCGAUGACUUCUGGUCGGAGGAGGAAGAUAACACCAUGGAUGAUGACGAUGACGAUAGAUCCCUCGAGCAGAUCAACGAGGAGUUCAUGUGGGACUUGGCAUAUCGGGAAGACUUCAAGCCCGAUGUCGCACUGCGACUGGUCGAGAAUGCGCUUGCGUUCCCAACGGCCACCGUGUGCUGCGUUUGCGAUCUAGAAGGAAAGGAAUUCUCGAAGCAGCAGCUGCGUCGGCCGCCCGGCAAGCGGACAUGCAAGGAGUGCAUUGACAAGCAACAAAACAAGUCGUAUUUGCCUCCGGAAAAAGAGAUCAAGAAGAAGUUUGCAGGCCCGAUGAGCCAGCCCCCAGCACUUGCAGCAGCUAACGCAACUGCCACCAAGAAAUGUUCUACCUGCGGAAUUGCGGUGACUGCGAUCAACUGCAGUGGCUCGCAGUUGAUCAAGCCAGCGAGCAAGCGGAAAUGCAACAACUGCAUAGCAAGUGGCCGAUGA